UUCAAUUCGUUUGUCUUUCAACAAAAUAAUCCUUUACAACUCUUUAAUUCUUAUAUAUGGGAGAAACAAAUUGAAAUAAGGAGUAUCCUUUUGUUAAGUACGUGCCUAGGUACAUAUUCUUAGUUUAUAUGCGCCACCAGUUUCAGUGUGGAGUCUUGUACAAUUUUUGGCCCCAUGUUAGGAUUUGGUAGUUGAAAAUAUUUAUCAAAGGGAUAUAUUUUUUUACAAGUUAGAAAGGCAAAAUAUGUAUUAAUUAAUCGUAAACAAAAUUACAGUAAAAGGGAAGGAAGCAUUUGAUGGAUGCGGACCGGGUCUUGUUUACUAAUAAUAAGGCAUUUCAAAAAGUCGGAAAAUCGGAAACCCCAUUGCGUGGCGCUGAUCAUAGCGUUUUUGUUUGGAUUUCUGGAAAUCAUGUUGCUUAGUCGAACCAAAUCAAAGAUUUGGAUUCACAACAACGAUUCUCCUAAUUUCUCUUGUUCUUCUUUCAAAGAUAUCAACACCCUUUUCUCCGACGAUUCUGAUUACAAUUCACCCGUUUCCACCACCAAAAAAUCCAAUAUAUUCCAUCGUGUCCUCCGCGUUAACGCCGUCCUCCGUGCUUUCUCUACCCGUCCCGCACCCACACCCGAACCCGAAGCAACAACUCCGAAAUCCAUUCAAAUCCCAGCAGCUGAGAAGAAAAUAGUGAUUUACUUCACCAGCCUCAGAGUAAUUCGUUCUACAUUUGAUGACUGCAAAGCCGUACGAUCAAUUCUCUCUAGCUUUGGUGUUUCGGUGGAUGAACGAGAUGUGUCUAUGGAUGCUGGGUUCAUGGAAGAGCUAAAGACCAUAUUGGGUACCCGUGUAAAGACGAAAUUGACCUUGCCCAGAGUUUUCAUCGGCGGGAGUUAUGUUGGUGGCGCAACGGAGAUUAUUCAGCUGCAUGAAGCCGGUGAGCUGAAGAAAUACGUUGAAGGGCUGACUCCGGCAGAAUUCAGCACGUGCCAAGUGUGUGGAGGAAAUAGAUUUGUUCUCUGUGAAGAGUGCAGUGGUAGCCAAAAGUGUUAUAGCGAGAAAAGUGGAUUCAGGACUUGCACGGUUUGUAAUGAGAAUGGUUUGAUCAGGUGCCCUUCCUGUUACAUCCCGAUACUCUGAAUGCAAUCGUUAACAUUGUUUUUGUUAGAUUAGUCAGAAAGUAUUAGCUGAAAAUGUAGGUGAAAAUUUCAGUAGUAGAAGGAAUGCUGUGCUUAUAAAAGUAAAGAAGGCAGUUCGGUUUUUGCAAAAUGCUCUCUUUAGUUGAUUUUCUUUCUUCGGUGUUUGCUUUUGACAUAGUUCUGUAAAGUACUAAUUAAAAAGUGACUACAACUAUGUGGGAUAAUACAUGCUAAUUAUGCAUGAAUUGUGAUGUUGUCCUUUGGUAAAUUUCGUAGAUUUGUUUAA